CUCGGAAGGCGUCUUGAUAAACGCCUUUCUCCCCGUUCCUCCCUGCAUCCCCAUCCUCCGCUCGGAACCUUCUCGAAGCUUCCGAUCCUCGGCCCCGGUCCCCGUCUCCGGCCAGCGAGAGAAAAUGAGGGAGUGCAUCUCGAUUCACAUCGGUCAGGCCGGCAUCCAGGUCGGCAACGCGUGCUGGGAGCUCUACUGUCUCGAGCACGGCAUUCAGCCUGAUGGCCAGAUGCCGGGCGACAAAACUGUAGGCGGAGGUGAUGAUGCCUUCAAUACCUUCUUCAGCGAGACUGGUGCUGGAAAGCAUGUCCCGCGUGCUGUGUUUGUCGAUCUCGAGCCCACCGUCAUUGACGAAGUGAGGACCGGAACAUAUCGCCAGCUGUUCCACCCGGAGCAGUUGAUCAGCGGCAAGGAAGAUGCUGCCAACAACUUUGCCCGUGGUCACUACACAAUUGGGAAAGAGAUUGUGGAUCUCUGCUUGGACAGAAUCCGCAAGCUCGCGGACAACUGCACUGGCCUGCAGGGAUUCCUUGUGUUCAACUCUGUUGGAGGGGGUACCGGUUCUGGUCUGGGGUCACUUCUCUUGGAGCGACUCUCCGUUGACUACGGCAAGAAGUCGAAGCUCAGCUUCACUGUCUAUCCCUCGCCUCAAGUUUCUACCUCUGUUGUGGAGCCCUACAACAGCGUCCUUUCGACCCAUUCCCUCCUCGAGCACACCGAUGUUGCGGUGCUUCUUGAUAAUGAAGCCAUCUAUGACAUCUGCAGGCGCUCCCUUGACAUUGAGCGCCCCACUUACACCAACUUGAACCGCCUUGUUUCUCAGGUUAUCUCAUCCCUCACUGCCUCACUGAGGUUUGAUGGUGCCCUGAAUGUGGAUGUGACCGAGUUCCAGACCAACCUGGUGCCUUACCCUAGGAUCCACUUUAUGCUGUCCUCUUAUGCUCCUGUUAUCUCGGCUGAGAAAGCCUACCAUGAGCAGCUGUCCGUGGCUGAAAUCACUAACAGUGCCUUUGAACCGUCUUCCAUGAUGGCUAAGUGCGAUCCUCGCCAUGGCAAGUACAUGGCCUGCUGCCUCAUGUACCGUGGUGACGUUGUGCCCAAGGAUGUCAAUGCUGCUGUGGCCACUAUCAAGACCAAGCGCACCAUUCAAUUUGUGGACUGGUGCCCUACUGGGUUCAAGUGCGGUAUCAACUACCAGCCGCCUACUGUGGUUCCCGGUGGUGACCUUGCCAAGGUGCAGAGAGCUGUGUGCAUGAUUUCCAACUCGACCAGUGUGGCCGAGGUCUUCUCUCGGAUCGACCACAAGUUUGAUCUCAUGUAUGCCAAGCGUGCAUUUGUGCACUGGUAUGUCGGUGAGGGUAUGGAGGAAGGAGAGUUCUCUGAGGCCCGUGAGGAUCUGGCUGCUCUCGAGAAGGAUUAUGAAGAGGUGGGUGCUGAGUCUGCCGAAGGGGAGGAUGGUGAUGAGGGAGAAGAGUAUUGAUUUUGGUCUUCAUGAAUAUUUUCUCUCAGCAAAAUGCUGUGAUGGUCUAUGUAAUCCUUCCUUUUUAGUUUUUUUGGCUUCCUGUACUGUAAUGUGGCUGUUGGCUUUCCUUGGCACGUAUUUGCAUUUGGUGCUUUCAGGAUUAUGUCUAAUAAUCAUUUCUUGUG